AUGGACCCGACCAAAGACGAGAAUUGCGACGUGCACUACCUGGCCUCGGAUCUCCCGCAGCCUCUACCGACGCUGAAGGAGAUCGAGGAGGCUGGUAGCACAUACAAGACAUACUUAAACUUACACCAGGUCGCACGCAUUGGCGAGAAUUACAUCACGAAAAAGGGUCAAGCUCUUGCCUUCGAGGGCUGGACCAUGCUGUAUCUCAGAAAGAUGACCAGCAUUGCGCUUCCUACCGUAUAUGCCAUCCUCACCGACAAGAAGGCCGAACGCGACAUCAUCGUAAUGGAGUACAUCCCAGGCCCAAGCCUUGACAACUGGGCAGACCUUGAGGCUUCUCAGAAAGAAGAUAUAGCGAAGCAGCUCGCGGCCCACUUCUCCGAACUGCGAGCGCUGCCGUCCCUUGGCGUGUUCGGGCGUGCGUUGCCUCCCGAGUACGGAAACCUUAAGAAAGACGUCCUGCCGGACUUUAUGUUUCGCACCGUUGCGGGAGAUGAAUUCGGCGGGCCGUUCGACACCGUGCAGCAGGUGGGGCAGGCCCUCGCGGACGUCAUGAGAGCAAAUUCAGCUGCCCACGCGGAGAGGGCCAAGCUUUGGGAAAGCCUCAUACCAGAGAUCCUGAAAGAGGGUCCGCCAGUCUUUACCCACGGAGAUUUACAGCGCAAAAAUAUCAUACUUCGGGAUGACGGGAAAGUCUUCAUUAUUGACUGGGGACUAUCUGGGUGGUUCCCGGAAUGUUGGGAGUAUUGCUAUACCAUGUACGCUGCAGGAGAGUUCGAGUCAGACUGGCAUGCGUAUAUUCCCAAAUUCCUGUCCAAAUUUCCCUCCGAAUUCUGCCUGACUCUAGUCUUGCGAAACGUACACCAUGGUUCGCAUAUGUGA